AUGAUAGAAUGUAUAAAUUAUACCGUAUAUCACAUUUUAAAGGAACGAUGGAACUGCUCGGCAAGUUUUGGAGUUGUUGGUCCUGUGAAGGGAGCAGCAACAGCAGAAACCGCUUAUAUUUAUGCAAUAUCAUCAGCUGGUGCUUCCCAUUCUUUGGCACGUGCGUGUGCUAGAGGCUUAAUACCUGAAUGCGGUUGUGGGGGUGGAGAACAGACUUAUGUAACAAGUGCAGCUCCGGAAGGGUUUAAUGGAAGGCCAGAACAAUUUAUUUGGGCUGGAUGUUCUGAUAAUGUUAAAUUUGGAAAUCAAUUUACAAGAAAAUUUAUUGAUUCAACAGAAAAACAAAUUAUGGACGCUAGGCAUUUAAAUAAUUUUAAAAUUAUUUUUGCAAUUAUUUUUAGAGCCUUAAUGAAUUUACAUAAUAAUCGAGUAGGUAGACGUUUGUUAGCUGCUAAUGUGCGAGAACACUGUAAAUGCCACGGAGUUAGCGGUUCUUGCGUAACAAAAACUUGCUGGCGCACUGUCCCAAAACUCGAAGAACUUGCUUCCUUAAUAAAGAAAAAAUAUGAAAAAGCACAACAAGUUAUUUUGGCAUCUGAUAGCUUUACCUUAAUUGUUGAUAAAAAAGAAAGCGGCGUUUUAGACGGUCGUUUAUCCCAGAUAGGCACUUCUAGUGCUAAUACAAGAAGAGAACAACGUUUUUUGAAAAAUAAGGUUCAACAGGCAAAGUUGGCUAGUAGAUCUGAGCUUGUAUUUUUGGUAAAAAAAUUUUUCUUAUGUAAAAUAAAGUCAAACUUGAAUUGCCUGUACAUGAUUAGGAAAAAUUUAGAAAAAAAUUUUUCUUAUGUAAAAUAA